CACUGUCAAGUGUCAACAUGUAUUUCUAAUUUGAUUCGUGUUUCUUGUUAAUAAAUUGAUUAAAAACCACUAUAAUUGCAUAGUUUUAUGUGGAAAUUUGAGUGAUAUGAACAGAAAAUGUAAAUGAAAUUAUUAUGUGGUGGUAGAAAAUCAUGUAGUCUGUUUAAAGUGGUUAAAAAAAACAUUUCGUGUUAGACAUCGAUAGUCAUAAGUUUUUGUUGAAAAUUCACAAUAAUGUCUUUACCGGGCAAUGGAAUUUUCGUGGUCCAAGGCGAGAUGGCUAUGCUCGUCACCGCCAUGCGCCGGAGCACUCGAUGGGGUUCCCAUUCCUUCCCAAAUGAUGAAUAUGACGUGCUCAUGCGAACAUUCCAAGAUCUCAAGACUAUCUUAAAUCAGGUGGAUGAUUUACGUUUGUUAGACCCCUCGACAUACUUGAGCCCAUUCUUAGAAGUUAUUCGAAGCAAGGAGACAACCGGGCCUGUCACUAGCCUUGCCCUUUCAUCUAUACACAAGUUCCUCUCAUAUGGACUAAUAGAUCCCACCCACCCGAGUGUCCCCGCUACAGUGGAAGACAUAGCGGAUGCGGUCACACAUGCACGCUUUGUGGGCACUGACCACUCCUCUGAUGGUGUGGUGUUAUUGAAGAUAUUACAAGUACUCCGUACACUAAUGCUCAGCCCCGAGGGUGCCAUGUUGACAGAUGAGAGUGUCUGUGAAAUUAUGCUCAGCUGUUUUAGAACAUGCUUCGAAACAAGACUGACUGAACUCCUCCGUCGCAACGCUGAACAGUGUCUGAAAGACAUGACACAGCUGAUAUUCAUGAGGCUCCCGCAGUUCCCCACAGACGAUACCAACACUACAUUUUCAACAUUUGGAUUUUCUCUAAAAAGAAGGGACAAGUCCUCUAAGAAGAAAAUCACAGCCGCACAUAGUACAAAUUCCCUAGACAGGAAAUCGAUGACGGAGCAGGCCACUGCAACCACAGACAAUGAUGCGGAAACCGAAGCCAACAAACCACAAACUAUGACACACAUUCUCAGUCAAGACAAGAACCUGAUCAACGAAGCGGAGAUAACGAUAGAGCCGGCGGAGGAGGUGACGAGCCCCAAGAAGCACGGGCGCCACUCGUCCAUGGACCUGGCGGCUAACGAAAACACGUCCAUGACGCAACUGCUGGAGAAGUGUGUCAGCGCCGACUCUGCCCCGCCCGCUGACAUCGCACCUGCGGAGGAGAGCGCGGAACUUGCCGCAGAACCAGAGCAAGUGAGCGAGGCAACUCCAGCUCCGGUGCAGGAGGAGAGUCAGACGGAGGGGGAGAAGCUGGAGGAGUACGUGAACCACCGCGGCAUCCGCUUCACUCCGCAGGACGAGACCUACAACCUGCAGCCCUACGGCCUGGCCUGCGUGCGGGAACUGUUCAGGUUCCUUAUAUCCCUGUGCAAUCCGCUGGACACGCAGAACACGUCGGCGAUGGUGCACCUGGGGCUCAGCCUGGUGGGCACGGCGCUGGAGGUGGGCGCCGACCAGCUGGCGCAGUACCCCUCGCUGCUGUACCUCGUGCAGGACCCGCUGUGCAGGAACCUGUUGAGUUUAUUGGACACAGAGAAGAUAACAAUAUUCGCAUUGGAUUUACAACUCUGGUUCCUGCUGUUCGAAGCGCUAAGGGUCCAUCUGAAGUACCAAAUGGAAGCGUUCUUCAAAAAGAUCAUAGAAAUAAUAUCCGCUGACACAACCAAGUCUAUAUACGAAUUGAAAGAGAUCCACCACAUAGCGUUGGAGAACUUAUCCCAAAUGUUUAGGAUACCCGGCCUUUGUACUGAAUUAUAUUUAAAUUUUGACUGUGAUGUGUAUUGUACUAAUGUUUUUGAGGAGUUAGCGAAAUUAUUAUCCAAAAACGUGGUGUCUUCCACUGCAUAUAAUAUUCAUACGAUGUCGUUAGAAGCUUUGAUGACUAUUAUAGAAGCGAUCGAAUUCGGUACAAUGCAGAAAGAUAUUGACACUGGUAAUGUGGAAGAGGAGAAGGAGAGAGAGAAAGAUGGGAACUAUGCCCGUGGUGGUCACGUGUCUUUGGAAUUGGGGGGCAUGGACGACGCGUCUGUGGUCAGCGACCACGUGACGCAUGACAUCAGCCAGUACUUCAGCAGUGGGAGAACGGGCAGACACAAGGCUCCGUUGGAUCUGCCCACUGAAGCUGAACUGGAUAAUGUUAGGAAUAUGAAAAUUUGGGUGACCCAAGGCACGGAGCUAUUCAACCAGAAGCCGUCGCGAGGUAUAGAGUUCCUGCAGGAGCACGGCAUACUGUCCACGCCACUGGACCCGCACCAGGUGGCCGUGUUCCUCAGAGAGAACCCUGAUUUGGACAAGAAGAUGAUUGGUGAAUACAUCUGCGCGCGCUCCUCCCGCGGCGAGGAGGGCGGGCCCAGCAUCCUGGGCGCGUUCGCGGACAGCUUCGACUACGCGGGGCUGCGGCUGGACCAGGCGCUGCGCCUCUACCUCGAGACCUUCCGCCUGCCGGGCGAAGCGCCGCUCAUAUCCCUCGUCAUGGAGAAGUUCGCGGAGCGCUGGCACUCAACAAACGGGUCGCCGUUCGCGAACACGGACGCGGCGUUCCGGUUAGCGUACGCCGUGAUCAUGCUGAACGUGGACCAGCACAACAACAACGCGAAGAAGCUGAACGUGCCUAUGACCGUAGAAGACUUCGUGCGGAACCUGCGCGGGUGUAACGGCGCUGAGGACUUCCAGCAGCCCAUGCUGGAGGCUAUAUUCCAUUCCAUCAAAGAGAAGGAGAUGGUGAUGCCGGCGGAGCGUGUGGGCCCGCUGCGCGACGCGUACCUGUGGCGCGUGCUGCAGCGCCGCGGCCGCACCGCCGCCGCGCGCUACCGCCUGGCGCCGCCGCCGCCGCACGCCGCGCACGCGCGCCUGCUGCCCGCCGCCUGCCCGCCCGCGGUGACAGCGCUGUCGGCGUCGUUCGAGCGCGCGCCGCCGCCGACGGCCGAGGAGAUAGAGUCCAACAACCUGCGCGACUGCGCCGCGCUCGUCGCGCUCGGCGGACUGGAGCGCUGCGCUGCGUUAGUCGCGCGACUGUCGGCCGACGCGCUGACUCUCGACACGCUGCUGCUGACGCUGUGCAAGUUCACCGGUUUACUGACGCCGCAGCACGCCAACUAUAUCGCCAUCGGGGUAUCGCUGGGGCAGUCGAGCAAAGCGCAGUUGUCGCUGCGACGCGCGUGCGCGGUGGCGGCGCGACACGCGGACUGCGUGCGCGACAGCUGGCGCCAUCUGCUGGAGAUACUGAACACGCUGUACAUAGGACGACUGUUGCCCAAGGUUCUGGUGGAGGCGGAAGACUACCUCGCCCCCGAAGGCAAGGUGUCGCUGGUGCGGGAGGCGACGCGCGGCGACAGUGGGCUGCUCUCCAGCAUAUACUCCUACAUCGCGCUCGGAGAGAGUGGUAUAAGAGUGCCCACUCCACAUGAGAAGAACCUGAUCGACACAGCUACUGAGUGCGUCGCUAAAUGCAAUUUCCCCGGUCUGCUCAUCACUGAAACUAAGUUCUUACAGCUGGAAAGCUUGCAGGAACUGAUCCGGGCGAUGGUGGCAGCGGGUGCGCCCCCGGACACCGAUAGCAUCCAACUGAACCCGCAGCUGGAGGACAUCACGAUAUUCUUCUUGGAACUUUUAGGACAAACUUUAAUACAAAACAGAGAUCGCGUGGAGAGCGUGUGGGCGGACGCGGGCCCGCACUUCGAGCGCGUGGUGUUCUGGGCGGGCGCCUGCGGGCCGCACGCGCUGACGCGCGCGCUCACGGCGCUGCUGCGCACCGGCGCGCGCCUCAUGCGCUGCGAGCAAUGCGCGCCGCUGCUGCUGCGCUACCUCACGCUGCUCUACCGCCUGCCCUACAAGCUAUUCUACCAGCAGGCCGAUGUGAUCUCGUCCGGUUUAUACGAAUUAGUGAAGACGUCAGCACAGAACGUGCACAGCGCGAGCGAGUGGGGCGUGCUGCUGGCGCUGCUGUGUGCGGCGGGCGCCGGGGCCUGGCCGAGGGGCGCGCCGGCCAGCGCUUACACUGCAGGCUCCAGCCGGUCGGAAGGGUCAGAAGACGAAAGCGAGAGGCAGCCGACCAGCGUCUCAUCGGAGAGUGAGCUCUCACACUCUCCUCAAACGCAGGGAUGGAUUCUGGUGAAGAACGAAGCGGCCAGCGCGACGGAGACGGUGGAGCUGGAGCUGGAGCGCGUGUCGCUGCGGCCGCACCGCAGCUCGGCGCUGGCGCGCUGCGUGGACGCGCUGGCGCUGGUCAUCCGCGACGUGGCGCACGUCACGCCGCACAACUGCCGCGCCGCCGUGCGCUGCGUGCGCCUCUUGGCCAAGGCCACGCUGCAGUCUGGCAGGAGCUCCACGAACAAAGACGAGCGGCGCAGCGGGUCGGCGCGGCGCAAGGCGCGGCACGACUCCAGCGACGAGGAGAUCGACACGCAGGACCACUACCACGUGGUCAGCAUCAAGCUGCUAGACCUCAUGCACACUCUGCACAGCCGGACGGCGCAGAUCUUCAAGUGGUGGCGAGACGAGGCCGACCAAGGGCAAGGUGCCGAAGAUUACGAUUUAUGGGAAGUCGCGUGGAAACCUCUCUUGCAAGGGAUCGCCGAAUUUUGUACCGACAAUAGAGGCAAAAAGGGGUCGAGCAGCGCAAUAUCAUACUCUGCGAUAGCGUACCUGCAGCGCGCGCUGCUCGCGCCAGCGCUGUCUGCGCUGGGCGGCGCGGGCUGGGAGGCGUGCUUCGAGCACGUGCUGCUGCCACUGCUCAGCGACCCGCCGCGCCGCCCCGACGCCGCCGCGCGUGCCGACACCGUCAUGUGCAAGGUGUUCCUGCAGCACCUGCCGGCGCUGGCGGGGCGGGCGUCGUUCCCGGCGCUGUGGGCGCGCGUGGUGCGCGUGCAGCGCGCGCUGCUGGCGUCGCCGGCCGAGCCGCUGCGCGAGGCGGCGCUCGAGUCGCUCAAGAACGUGCUGCUCGUCAUGCACUCCGUCAGGAUAUUCAGCAACUCGGACGGCUACAACGAGCUGUGGUACAUCACGUGGGACAUCAUCGCCGAGUUCCUGCCCAAUUUGAAGGACGAACUCUUUCCUGAAGCGAACGACAACACGAAGCCGCCGCAAAGCGUGCCGAGCCACCUGCAGCCCGCCAUCCCGCCGGUGCCGGCCCUCCUCCCUGUCGCCCCUCCCGCCUCCCCGCCCGCGCCAGACCCCACCCCGCUAAGGUCCAACGCCCAAUCACCCAACAUUUUGUUAGCUACGGUUGGCCAUUCGCCGGUCAAUCUACCCCAACCGCCUUCCAUACCAGCUCCACCCUUAGUAGCUCCUGUACCCAGUCAAGCCAAUGGAUUUACCAAUUCUACUCCAAUAACGCCUGGCACUGGCAUAACAGCUGUAACUCCUGUGCCGGUUCAGCCCGGGGUUAAGACAAAUGUUAUACCUGCAAUGGCCAAGGGCAUGACUGCCAACCCUGUCGGUGGGAUGGUGCCCAUACGGAACCCUUUGUACGACCAGACGGGACUUACGGCCUCUGUCCUGUUGCAGCCUUUGAAUGAGAUGAUUUCAACACCAAUUGGGAUAUCAAUACAAUCUCAACCUGGCCUUCGACCGGCAGGCGAUGAAGCCCAAACGCCAAGCGAAAUUGAAUCUAACGUCAUUGAGAUAGAGUCCACGCCGGUCGUCAACAUCAAAGACGAGAUAUACGCCGAGUACAUAACAAAUCCAUACAACGAGGUGAAGGAAUUGUCUUCCAAAGAAGCCACCAUAUACGAUCCGGAAGAAAAUCGUUUUGUGCCAAAUGAACAAACAGAGAGAUUGAUUUCCCAAAAAUCUUUUAGCGCGAAUGUGACCCCAAUGCACACGAGGAGUAAGGCUCAAUUUGGCUCGACGGACAAUGUCCGGCAAGAGGGUAUUUUUAACUUUUCGAGUUACUUCGGCUCGAAUGAAAAAGUUACUCCGGGUUCAGAUGUUUUCGACGCGUUAAUGUCGACUCAAGAAGGAUAGCUAAACUUUGAUAUAUAUAAAGGCACGUGGUUGUAAGAUUUUAAAACAUAGGUUCUCAACUUUAGAGCCGUUUCCCUAUACACGUAUAGGUUUAUAGGGGCACUACAAUACCCUAUUUUAUAUAAGGAGAAGUUGGGAUGACAUAGAGGGUUCCGCAAAGCUUCUGCGCAAGUUAGAACCUUUGGUGUAAAGGUGCGGUCCAAUUCAGAAUCCUGCGUCAAAUAUACAGUAAGAAUAAAAUGUGGUCAACUAAAAAAUCUUUCUUGGUAAUUUUAUCAUGUUCGGUAAAAUUCACAUAUGAAGUGAAAGUCAACAAAAAUAACUGAUAGUACAUUUAGAUCUACACUUUACUAAUUGGGUGAUAUAGAGUUCUAAUUUUUUUACUCGAAAAUCAGGGGAAUGGGUCAAGAAAUAGAAAUUUGCUCAAAGAGAUGAGCGUAAUAAAAUUGAGAACUUAUGUUUUAAAAACGGUUCUCCGCUGGCCGACCGCGGUUCUCCGCUGGCCGACCGCAGUUAGUAGGGGGCCCAAUUGUAGGUUAGCCACCUACGAAAGGCUGCCCCGC